AUGCACUCCAAUGUUGCAGUGAUGAGCACACCUAGCAUAUGGCGCGAGGCUUUGCGCAUUGCUAAUGAAGAAGGUUUAAGGGCAUUUUGGAAAGGAAAUCUUGUUACGAUUAUUCAUCGUCUUCCUUAUACUUCAGUCAACUUCUAUGCCUAUGAACGCUACAAAACUUGGUUAAAAUCAAUUCUACGCCCGGAGGAUCACAGGAGAAGUACAAGUGCAGAUAUUUGCGUGCAUUUUAUAGGUGGUGGUUUGGCAGGAACAACAGCUGCUUCUGCCAUGUAUCCAUUGGAUCUUGUCCGGACACGCCUUGCAGCACAGACAAAUGCAAUGUACUACCGUGGGAUUUGGCAUUCACUUCAUACCAUUUGCAGAGAUGAAGGUUUUUUUGGCCUGUAUAAAGGACUUGGAGCUACAUUGCUGGGUGUUGGACCCAGUAUAGCAAUAAGCUUUUCUGUUUAUGAGACCUUAAAAACUUAUUGGCAUUCUCAGAGGCCGGAUGAUUCCACUGUUGUUGUUGGUCUUGCUUGUGGAAGUCUUUCAGGUAUUGCAUCAUCAACAGCGACAUUUCCUCUGGAUCUUGUCAGGCGAAGGAUGCAAUUGGAAGGGGCAGCUGGGCGAGCCCGUGUCUACAACACUGGCUUACUUGGGACAUUUAAGCACAUAUUCCACAUGGAAGGCAUGCGCGGCUUUUAUAGAGGGAUUAUGCCAGAAUACUACAAGGUUGUUCCGGGUGUAGGAAUUGUUUUCAUGACAUAUGAAGCUUUGAAGAAACUUCUAUCAAAUGAGCCUUUUAAUUGAAGUUAACAUUGCAUCUUGAUACUGCCUUUACAGUAAGUUUUGUACCUCGUCUUUUUCCAGAAAUAGGUGGAAGAGAGGACCAAUUUUGGUUUAGUUAGAUAAAAAGGUUGGUAGAAGAUUAGUUAUUUUAUGGGGUACUACUUGCUUAGAUAUUCAAUGGUGGCAAAUUUUGUGGUUGCUGUCGCAAACAAUAUUUUUCUUGAUGUACAGACUAUUUAAUAGUGUGGUGUCACACUUCAAAUGUAUCCCCUUCCAACAUGUUUUAAAAUCUUCGAUUUUCU